AUGCCACUACUCAGCCUCCCAAACGAACUUCUCCUUCAGAUCGCCGAGGGCCUCGACAGUGUCAAAGCCACAUAUGCCUUCUUCCUCACAAACCGGCGUCUUGCAAGUCUCCUCACACCAGUUCUCCUAGAUUAUGCGAUCCACGAAGAUAGACAUUGUGUGACAGCGCUCUACCUCGCAGCGACGAACGCGGAUGUAAAGAUGAUACGGCUGCUACUUGAGAAAGGAACAAAUAUCCGAAUCACAGAUGACGAUGAAAUAAGACGCAGCGUUACCGAUGAUAACGUUGAUAAGCUACUUAAGCUUCUGCUUGAACAAGGAGCACACAGCAUUAUCCAAGAUCGGCCCUGCGGUGGCACAGCUUUACAUUGGGCCGCCGACUACGGGCACGAAGGUCUCUUCAAUGGGCUGCCGUCGAAGGCCAUGAAACGAUAG